CAAACAAAAAAAAUAUAUAUAUAAAUUCUCUGCUCAUUUCCGUUGUCCAACAGCGUUUCCGUCCACUCACAACUGUGCCGUUUAAAAGCAACAACAGCACUACAAACAUUUAUCAAAAGUGAUUCUUAUACACUGUCACGGUGCAGUAUACAAACCCAGAUUAGAUUUAGAGCUCGUCGACUCGUACAGAAGAAAUUAAUGAAUCAACAAAACUUCAUGACAUAGAGCCUAGAGGCAUGUCACAUGGACUAAAGUGAACUCCCCAACCCACAAUCCUCAUCAGUUCAAUUUAAUUUUUAGAAUUGAAAAUGAUGGAUAUGACACCUUUCAAGAAGGACAUCGAUGAGCUUAUAGCUGAGUUCGUCGAGGAUGAGUCAACUAAUUUGGCGGAGAUGAAAAGGGUAUGGCUUUUAAGGAAGUUCUCAUACAUAUAUGAGGCUACUCCUUCUUCCAACGUGGCCUUCUUUAUGCAAUAUUUGUAUGCCCAUUCAAUUGGUUAUAUAAGCAGUACAAUUUCUUUAUCAUGGAGACUCGGUGGGCUCUAUUGUCUUUACUGCCUUCAUGAGACUCAACCGUUCAAACCCCCUUUCAAAAUUUAUCUUUCGCUUGAAGAGCUGAAAAAACUUAGAAACCUUGUUGUUACUGCCAAAACAAAUGGUGUGAAGGUUGCUCCUGCUGUGGUGAAAAAAAUGCUAGAAAAUAACAUGUUCUUCUUUGGGUUUCUUGACAUGAAUGAAGGAGCUGUCGCAGAGACAGUUAACCACCUCACAGAAUUACAGAAUGCUCGCGUUCAAGUUGCUUACAGGGAGUUAUUUGCUGAUAAUAGGCUUCAAGACUUACUCCAUUUGGACAUGGGUAAGGAAGUUGACGUAAAUGUGCUCAAUAAAAUGUCUACAGAAUAUGCAGAAUCUAAGAAGCUAGCUAUUAGUGAGGCCAGUGAGGUUGUGGACAUUCGCAACAUAGAGCACAUUGCAGAAGAUGAAAAGUCAGUUGGAAAUGUAGUGGAGAAAAUUACUGGAGAAUGGGAUGUCCAGAAGGAACAGUUUUGUCAGCAAACUGGUUUACAUCGACAACACUCAGAGGACCAGGAUGAACAGGAGCAACCUCUAUUGUUGGAAAAUGUCGAUAACUUUGAUCUGGAGCUUGAACAGCUGCUGUCUGAAACAUAAUUCCACGGACACAGACAAGUUUGGACAUUAAUGUCGGUGGGGCAAAAAUGUCAGGCAUGGUAUCUUCCACUUAUCUGUAUACCAUUGCUAUUUCUUAUCUUGUUCCAAGAAAUGAAAGAAUUUGAUGGCUUUUGUAAAGCUAUAUAGCUAUAGUAGACUAGAAAAUGAAGUUAGUUGUAUGAACUUUCUUUCGUACUUAAUACAAAAACUAGUCUGACACUGAGAUCUCUUAUGUUGUUA